AUGCCUGGUCGGCUCGCACACCAAAGCCUGGGCACUGUUCCAAGGGCCCAGCUCUUGCCUAACAAUGCAGCGCUAAGAUCGCUAAGCACUGCCACCUGCACUUCGGUCUCACGCCGACCGGCCGCGAGCACAAGGGCAUCUGCCUCGACUUUCGCACCGACAUUGCGAACCGCUCCAUUGCGGCGCACAUUGACGACGUCGGCACCGCGCUCGUCGCAAAAGCCCUUCAGCUUUCUCACCGCCUAUGCAUUUCAAGGAAAACCCCGCCACUCGGAGGAUGCGAUGCAAGAGGGCGACUCGUCAUCCUCGGCCGCGGCGGACGAACCGGAAGCCUCCGCUUCGGGAGCAGCCGAGGACGGCGCAAAACGAGGUCAGAUCGGCUUUCCCGCCGACAGCGAGAUCGGAAGAUGGCGUGACGAGCUGCUGCGAGGCGGCGAGGCGGGCGAGGACUCAUUGAUGUGCACCUCGAUGGGUUCCGCAGGCGAUGUAGCCAUCGGCGUUGCCGACGGCGUGGGCGGAUGGACCGAAAACGGCAUCGAUCCCUCGCUCUUCUCGCAGGCGCUCAUGUUCUACGCAUCCAAAGCGGCAGCCUCAGCACCGGCAGGGUCUUCAAGCACAAACGGCAACGGCGCACCCAACCGCAUCCUCGCCGAAGCCUUUGAGCACGUCCUCAAGGAGCCGCUCGUCGUCGCGGGUAGCGCCACCGCAUGCAUCCUCACCAUGGACGCCUCCAACGGCACAUUACACUCUGCCAAUCUCGGCGACUCGGGCUUCGUCAUCCUGCGCCAGGGCACGGGCAAGCACGGCGUCUUCCAUGCCAGCCCACCACAGCAGCUCGGCUUCAACACGCCGCUCCAGCUCGCCAAGCUGCCCAAAGAGUGGAUUCAGGAAGGCUCCAUCUCCAACACGCCCAAGGACGCCGCCGCCUGGGAGUGCACGCUUCAGCAUGGCGACCUCAUCAUCGUCGGCACCGACGGCCUCUUUGACAACGUCGACGCAAAGAUUGAAAUCCCCCAGUUUGCCAAGUUCAUCAAGGAGAAGCACCACGCUUCCUACGCCGCACGCCACGCGGGCGCCGGUAAGCCCGCGGAUAGCUUGCAGGAGGACAGAGAGUUUGUGCAGGUGCUGGCCACCAAUCUGAUCGAAUACGCAAAGAUCUGCCAAAACUCCACCACCAAGCAGAGCCCCUUCGAGCGCGAGGCGGCCCGGUACGGCAUUCACUUUCCAGGCGGCAAGAUCGACGACGUGGCCACCGUCUGCUGCCUGGUCAUCGAGCGCUGA